GCCUCCUGACGGCAGCUCAUUUGAGUUUCACACGCCGACUAGAGGAAAAGGAGGAGGAGAAGGUGGAAAAGCUGAAGGCCCAGAAUCGGAACCAGAAUCAGAAUCACAGCACAAGUUUGCAGGGAAAGGCAGGGAAAAUCGACAGAGAAACAGAGAGACAGACUGUCGGACAAACAGAAAGACAGACAGACACAUGUUGUCAUGUUGACAAGUGCGAGGCAGUGGGAAUGGGAAUGGCUGCCACUGAUGAUUCGGAUGUGGCUGCUGUGGUUGCCGCCGCUGCUGCUGCUCCAAUUGGUGGUGCCACCUGGGCAGGUGUUACUUGGCGACGCGGCCUCGGUCACCUGGGGACAUGUCGGCAAAUAUGCCAGCCUGCUGUACACCGAAGAUGUUUACCUAAAGCCGGGGUCCCCGGGCGGAGAUCUCAUCUACGGCUCACAGAAUGCCAGUGAUAACUACCGGAUUACGGGUAUACAUGUUGAGGAUCUGAGCGACGGACUGGCAGAGGCCAUUGUCACAGAAGGUGGCAUUGGUCAGGAAUUUGUGGUAAUUCACUGCCGGAGGCUCCAAAGGAAAAACGAAUCAGAAACUGAGAACUCAGAACCAGAAACUGCUCACCUUGAGGUAUCCAUCUAUGGAGUGGACAUAUAGGGUAUCGUUGUUAUCUUAGGAGAACAAGCACUCCAGCUCCGGAGUUGUAAAUAUUAAUUAGUGUAAAAAUAAUGAUAGGAACUUUCAGCUGUGCAAACCAAGAGCACAGAGGAAAAUGUAUUUUUUAAAUGAAACUAUAAUAGGUCUUUAAAAUGUCUUCUUCAAUAUUAAAAAAAUUAAACUGAAAUGUUCAAUUUUAUUAUUUAUGUUGAGUAUUUACUUUUGUAAUUUUUUUUAUUCCUGCUUAAGCUUCUGUUUGUUUAGAAUGAACUUACGUAAAUAAUUGCAUUAGCUAUUCAAAAACUCUCACGUUAACCUAUAUUUAAAAGUAUCUUAAUUAAAAUCUAUACAACUUGUUUAUAUGUUCUCGUAACUCACGAUAAAAGUGAAGUCUUGAGAAUAUAUAGGUGAGUUUUUAUAAAGAAAACUUGGUUGCUCUUUCGACUGUAAACUUUUGUACUGACACUGAAAACUUGUGACAAAUAUAAUGAAAUCAUAUUAAAACCGAAAA